AUGUUGACAAAGUUGAGCCUGUGGGCCUCAGGGGCAGACACCAAGCUGAUCUUUCAUCGCCAUCCUCCUGCGCUCUCUUUUGUGGUAGAUGGUGUCGUGUUGGUGGAUCCUGAGCUGGUGAAGGGAAAGAGAGUGUACGUCUCUCUGACCUGCGCCUUCCGCUACGGCCAGGAGGACAUCGAUGUCAUCGGCCUGACCUUCCGCAGGGACCUGUACUUCUGCCAGGUGCAGGUGUUCCCGCCAGUGGGGGACGCGAGCUCCCCCACAAAACUGCAGGAGAGCCUGCUCAAGAAGCUGGGGGCCAACACGUACCCCUUUCUGCUCACGUUUCCCGACUACCUGCCCUGCUCCGUGAUGCUGCAGCCAGCCCCGCAAGAUUCAGGGAAGUGCUGCGGGGUGGACUUCGAGGUCAAAGCCUUUGCCACGGACAGCACAGACCUGCAAGAGGACAAAAUUCCCAAGAAGGGAUCCGUGCGCCUGCUCAUCCGCAAGGUCCAGCACGCGCCCCUGAAGAUGGGCCCCCAGCCGCGGGCGGAAGCCACCUGGCAGUUCUUCAUGUCAGACAAGCCCCUGCAGCUCUCGGUCUCCCUCAGCAAAGAGCGACCUCGUGCGAGAUUCUGCUGGCAGAGCCCGGGCCCUGUCUAUGGGGCCGCCUUGUCCCCCGUGUCCCACAGACACCCAGAACGAGCUCCAGGCACUCCUCUGAAGGAGCGAAUGCUGCGCCUCAUCUUCCUGAAAAUCUACUUCCAUGGGGAACCUAUCCCCGUGACCGUGACCGUGACCAAUAACACAGAGAAGACCGUGAAGAAGAUUAAAGCGUCAGUGGAGCAAGUGGCCAAUGUGGUUCUCUACUCCAGCGACUAUUACAUCAAGCCGGUGGCGGUGGAGGAAACGCAAUGCUUCGUCCCCAGCUCCAUCCCAGACCCCCGCCCCCCCAUCCGGCUCGGGUUCCUGGCCUGCCAGAUGCUGGGGGGCCGCCCAGCAAGUGACAGUGGAGGUGGUGUGGGAGAGAAAGAGCGUGUGCUGCCAGAAAAAGUGCCGCCAAGCGGCACUUUGUCCACCACGCUGACACUGCUGCCCUUGCUGGCCAACAACCUGGAGAGGCGGGGCAUCGCCCUGGACGGGAAAAUCAAGCACGAGGACACCAACCUUGCCUCCAGCACCAUCCUGAAGGAGGGCAUCGACCGCACUGUCCUGGGGAUCCUGGUGUCUUACCAGAUCAAGGUGAAGCUCACGGUGUCGGGUGAAGUGGCCACGGAGGUGCCGUUCCGCCUCAUGCACCCCCAGCCCGACGACCCAGCAAUGGCAAAGGAAAGAUUUAAGGAUGAAAAUUUGGUGUUUGAGGAGUUUGGUCGUCAGAAUCUGAGAGAUGCCCCCGAGUACGAGGAAGGAAAGAAAGUGGAGGCCACGGAUGAGGGAUGA